GGGAGCCCGCUGCUGCCACCUCAACAUGGAGUAGCGAGACCCCUGCAUUUACUGCUAAGAAGCGGAUCCCACAAAGAGGAAUACGCGACGGCCUCUGUCUAGUUUAUCCGCCGACGAGCCCGCAAAUGAUACAGCAGCAAAUAUUUUUAGAUAUCACAAAGGAAAGCUCGGCUUUUAUUUGAAAGAUGGCGAACGACUCUCCAGCUAAAAGUCUAGUAGACAUAGACUUGGCUUCAUUGCGGGAUCCAGCUGGGAUAUUUGAAUUGGUGGAGGUAGUUGGAAAUGGCACCUAUGGACAAGUAUACAAGGGACGACACGUCAAGACUGGACAGCUGGCUGCCAUCAAGGUCAUGGACGUCACGGAGGAUGAAGAGGAGGAAAUUAAACUGGAGAUCAAUAUGCUGAAGAAGUAUUCCCACCACAGAAACAUAGCCACCUACUAUGGGGCUUUCAUUAAGAAGAGCCCCCCGGGACACGAUGACCAGCUAUGGUUGGUGAUGGAGUUCUGUGGAGCUGGUUCGAUUACAGACCUGGUGAAGAACACCAAGGGGAACCAGCUGAAGGAAGACUGGAUCGCUUACAUCUCCAGAGAGAUCCUCAGAGGUCUGGCCCACUUACAUGCCCACCACGUCAUCCACCGUGACAUCAAGGGCCAGAACGUCUUGCUGACUGAGAAUGCUGAAGUCAAACUAGUGGACUUUGGUGUGAGCGCUCAGCUGGACCGGACAGUGGGGAGAAGAAACACCUUCAUCGGGACUCCUUAUUGGAUGGCCCCUGAGGUCAUCGCUUGUGACGAGAACCCCGACGCUACAUACGAUUACAGAAGUGAUCUGUGGUCAUGUGGUAUCACAGCUAUUGAAAUGGCCGAAGGAGCACCACCACUUUGUGACAUGCACCCGAUGCGUGCGCUCUUCCUCAUUCCAAGAAACCCUCCUCCUAGGCUCAAGUCUAAAAAAUGGUCCAAGAAGUUUUUCAGUUUCAUCGAGAGCUGUCUGGUGAAGAACUACACGCAGCGGCCCCCGACAGAGCAGCUGCUGAAGCACCCCUUCAUCCGAGACCAGCCCAACGAGAGGCAAGUCCGCAUACAGCUCAAAGACCACAUCGACCGCACCAAGAAGAAGAGGGGAGAGAAGGAUGAGACGGAGUAUGAGUACAGUGGGAGCGAGGAGGAGGAGGAGGAUCCCCCAGAGCAGGAGGGUGAACCAAGCUCCAUCGUCAAUGUGCCAGGUGAGUCCACCCUGCGCCGCGACUUCAUCCGCCUGCAGCAGGAGAACAAGGAGCGGUCAGAGGCGCUCCGCCGCCAGCAGCUCCUACAGGAGCAGCAGCUCCGGGAGCAGGAGGAGUACAAGCGCCAGCUACUGGCUGAGAGGCAGAAACGAAUUGAGCAGCAGAAGGAGCAGAGGAGGCGACUGGAGGAGCAACAGCGCCGUGAACGGGAGAUGAGGAGGCAACAGGAGCGUGAGCAGCGUCGCCGCGAGCAAGAGGAGAAGAGGCGUAUCGAAGAGAUGGAUCGUAGACGUAAAGAAGAGGAGGAGCGCCGGCGGGCGGAGGACGAGAAGAGAAGGAACGAUCGUGAGCAGGAGUACAUCAGGCGUCAGCUGGAGGAGGAGCAGAGACACCUGGAGAUGCUGCAGGAGCAGCUGCUCCGUGAACAGGCCAUGCUGCUGGCUGACGAGCGGUACCGUAAGAACAUUCAGGGCUCCCCUCAGACCGCCCCUCCUCCCAAGCAGCCCCCUCUGCCUCCCCGCUCCUCUGAACCGUUCUCCAACGGCGGCCCCUCCGAGGCCUCCGCCAUGCACCGGCCCAUGGAGCCUCAGGUCCAGUGGUCCCACCUGGCUGCUCUAAAAAGCAGCAACAGCGCCGCCCCCUCUCCUCCUCCUCCUCCGCCGCCCGUGGUCUCUCGCUCCCAGUCCUUCAGCGAGCCCGGCGGUGUGACCUCUAGCUUUGCACAACUCCACCUGCGUUCCCAGGACCCCCACCAUCACCACCACCAUCAUCACCCAUCGCCCGCACGCACUGACCCCCAGCCCCAACCUCCCCUCCACCACCCUCAGGCCCAGACUAGGGCCGAACACCAGGCCAGCAACGAGGAGGUGCCUCCCAAGGUGCCAGUGAGGACAACAUCCAGGUCUCCAGUACUGUCGCGCCGAGAGUCCCCUCUGCCGUCACAACCUGGCAACCAGGGCGUACAGAGGAACGCUGGCGGUAAUGUGGAGCAGCGCCCGCUGUGGGACCGAGUGGAGAAGCUGCAGCCUCGGCCCGGCAGCGGCAGCUCCUCCGGCUCCUCCAACUCCAGCUCCCAGGCCAGCCCUGGAGACCGCUUCAGACCACGCUCUUCCUCCAAGUCUGAAGGAUCGCCUCUCCAGCGGCCUGAAAACGUUCCCAAAAAACAAGAUGAAAAGAACCUCGCCAGGCCUACUCGACCAGCUGGUGAUGUGGACCUGACUGCUCUGGCCAAGGAGCUCCGUGCUGUCGACGAUGUGCGGCCUCCCCACAAGGUCACCGACUACUCCUCCUCAAGCGAGGAGUCGGGCACCACCGACGAGGACGAUGAUGAGGAGGUGGACCAGGAGGCGGGAGAGGAGUCCACUUCAGGAGCUGAGGACUCCAGAGCUGGAUAUUCCCAUGGCUUCUACAGGAGGCUGAGUAACGGGGAGACGGAGUCUGCUAAGACCAUGCUGGUCGAAGACUCCGAGAGCGACCAAGCCUCCACACCCUCCAAGGACGGCACGCUGGUCAUCAGACAGAGCGCCGUUGACAUAAAGCGGUCGGUCAAUCUCUCAUCCUCAUCCUCCUCCUCUUCCUCGGCUGGCUCUGGUCACGGCCACGGCCAGCCGCAACCCCCCGGCCAUGGCCUCCCAGAGAAAAACGGCUUUGCCGGCCGCAUACACCUCCUACCAGACCUUAUCCAGCAGAGCCAUCACUCCCCUUCCUCUUCCACAACCAUCCCUUCCUCCUCCUCCUCCUCCUCUUCCUCCUUCCCCUCAUCAUCUAGCCAUGCCAGUCCUGCCAUGUCCCCACAGAACCCCCUGGACAAGCUCACUACCAUAGAGUCCCAGUCAGAGAGCAACUCCAUGUCCAAACACAAGUCCUCCUCGUCCUUCACUCCCUUCAUCGACCCACGCCUUCUCCAGGUCUCUCCAUCCAGCGGCAGCUCCCUCAACAACAUGGCUGGAUUUGGGCAGGAUGGACGGCUGGUGGACCCGCUGAGGUCCGACCCGUCCCGUAAAGGCUCAGUGGUCAACGUCAACCCAGUCAACACGCGCCCGCCGAGCGACACGCCCGAGAUCCGCAAGUACAAGAAGAGGUUCAACUCUGAGAUCCUGUGCGCUGCGCUCUGGGGGGUAAACCUGCUGGUGGGGACAGAGAGCGGUCUGAUGCUGCUGGACCGAAGCGGUCAGGGGAAGGUCUACCCCCUGAUCAACCGGCGGCGCAUCCAACAGAUGGAUGUCCUGGAGGGACUCAAUGUUCUGGUCACCAUAUCAGGUAAAAAGAACAAGCUGCGAGUAUAUUACCUGUCGUGGCUCAGAAACAAGAUUUUGCACAACGACCCUGAGGUGGAGAAGAAGCAGGGUUGGGUCAAUGUGGGCGACCUGGAGGGCUGCGUCCACUACAAAGUCGUGAAGUAUGAGAGGAUUAAGUUCUUGGUGCUGGCCUUGAAGAAUUCUGUGGAGGUGUACGCCUGGGCUCCCAAACCCUACCACAAAUUCAUGGCCUUUAAGUCUUUUGGUGACCUGGUGCACAAGCCUCUGCUGGUUGACCUGACGGUGGAAGAGGGUCAGAGGUUAAAGGUCAUCUACGGCUCCUGCUCAGGCUUCCAUGCUGUGGAUGUGGACUCCGGUGCCGUCUACGACAUCUACCUGCCUACACAUAUCCAGACCAGCAUUCAAUGCCACGCCAUCAUCAUCUUGCCCAACACUGACGGGAUCGAGCUGCUGGUGUGUUACGAGGACGAGGGCGUCUACGUCAACACCUACGGACGCAUCACCAAGGACGUGGUGCUGCAGUGGGGAGAAAUGCCAACUUCAGUGGCCUACAUUAGGUCAAACCAGAUCAUGGGCUGGGGUGAGAAGGCCAUAGAGAUCCGCUCGGUGGAGACGGGACAUCUGGACGGCGUCUUCAUGCACAAGAGAGCCCAGAGACUCAAGUUCCUUUGUGAGAGGAAUGACAAGGUCUUCUUCGCCUCUGUGCGCCCUGGAGGUGCCAGCCAGGUGUACUUCAUGACCCUGGGACGCACCUCCCUCAUGAGCUGGUAGUCGCGAAACCCCCACAAACAACCAGCCAAACACGAUGACCGUACCUAAGCAGCGACCAACAGAUGACGAUUGUGACUAUGACCAAUGACGAUUAACACGAGAAAAACCGCCUUGAGUCUGAGCUGGAGAAGCGUCUCUGCGGCUUUCUCUCACCUGCUCGGGCAAACAAACCACGGAUUGGACUGUAAUCAUGAAAAGAA